AUGACAAUUGAGAAUCCUAAGGAUGUCAUUCAUACCGUGAACAUUGUCACUCAGACACUAUGUAUCCCCAUAGUGAGUGCCUUUGUGGCAUUACGGUUUUAUACUCGAAUUCGGUUUAAGCAGAGCUUGGGAGUUGAGGAUUAUGCUACCACGGUCGCUUGGGCCUUGUUUAUGGGUUACUGUGCAGUCAGUAUCUUCGUUGGCAAAUAUGGCGGUGGUUACAACAUAGACGACGUCUCCGACGAACAUAAAAUCCUCUUCAGAAAGUUCUGCUACAUCGCUACUAUCCUUUACUGUCCGAUGGCCCUAUUCACCAAAGUCGCUCUCUUAUCCAUCCUUACCCGAAUCUUCGCUCCUUACCGCGGGAAGGUCUGGUUCAUCUACAUUUUCCUUGGUUGUCUUUUUACAUAUUAUACCGUCGCUUUGAUCGUGAAGAUCAGAAUGUGUAACCCCAUCCCCGAAUACUGGCUCAACAAUAUCGAGGGCGCCACUUGUCUUGAUCAGACUGCUGCCCUGAUUGCCGAUUCGGUGAUCAGUCUCGUCAGUGAUAUUAUUAUCCUGGUCCUCCCAUUGCCCUUGACUUGGUCAUUGCAAAUGUCGCGGAAUCGCAAACUUCGUGUUAUUGGUAUCCUUAGCGCGGGUGGUUUGGCGACCGGAUUUAGUUUGUAUCGACUGGUUCUGGUGUUGAAGGAUGGUAGUUCUGCCAACCAGACUAUUGUCUUUAUGGAUGUCAUUCUUUCUGGAAACGCUGAAGGUGGUAUGGGUCUGAUCUGUGCCUGUCUUCCCGUCCUUAACGUCCUCAUCGCUUUCUAUCGGAAGAACUACUCUUCCCAGAAAUACUAUAACCAGAGCUCCGAACUCCAGCUUGCAGAUCGCAAGUCUGGAAAUAACUCCAAGAUCGCAAAUGGAUGGGAUAAGUCCCCGGCUUUCGGUGAUCAGAGUCAUCUUAUUUCCUACGCCGGUGCUCCCGAGGCAAACGAGUCGGGUGUGUUUGUUGGUGAAUUCGGAAUUAAGAAGACCGUUGCGGUGGAACAGACUGUUGAGACUCGGAGUGCGGAUAGUGCCAGUCAAUAA